AAAUCUGGGGGUGUAAUGUUAUCAUAUAUCACGCUACCUCGUAAAACCGACACCGAAGCCUACCGGACAACAAAUCACCUCAAAAUUAUGAGUUCUUCGUAUUAUGUGAACGCUCUUUUUAGCAAAUAUACGACGGGGGCUGCUUCUCUCUUCCAAAAUGCGGAGCCUACGUCUUGCUCCUUUGCUACCAACUCCCAGAGAAGCGGCUAUGGACCAGGCGCUAGCGCAUUCACCUCCUCCAUGCCUGCCUUGUACAAUGUGAACAGUGCCAUAUAUCAAACCCCGUUCUCUUCCGGAUACAGCCUGGGCUCUGAUGCCUACAACCUGCAUUGUUCCUCUUUUGAUCAGAACAUUCCCGUCCUCUGCAAUGACUUAACCAAAUCCAGCUGUGAGAAAGCGGAGGAAAGCAACCUGCACAGCCAGGCUGAGGGUAAUUUCCGGAUAUACCCCUGGAUGAGGUCUUCAGGUCCAGAUCGGAAGAGAGGGCGUCAGACUUACACCCGUUAUCAAACGCUGGAGCUGGAAAAAGAGUUCCACUUCAACCGCUACCUGACCCGCCGGCGGAGGAUAGAGAUCGCUCACGCCCUGUGCUUGACCGAGAGGCAGAUCAAAAUCUGGUUUCAGAACCGUCGCAUGAAAUGGAAGAAGGAGCAUAAAGAAGACGCCGCUGGAGGCGCCGCCGCGGCCAACGAGGGGGCACCCGCCACUACCUCGGUGGAGAAGGUGGAGGAGGAGGAGGAGGAGGAGGAGGAAGACGCGGAAUGAAUGCCGGUGGCGGGAGGAAGGGAAGGCUCACCCGAGACUCUUCUCGGAUGCUGUUUGCACGUGACAGCUGUAAACGCUCUCCUGAAGCUUUUUUUUUUUUGGUUAAAAAAAAUAAACAUAAAACUACCCUUUUUUUAAAAUGGCCAUUUCCACUGUAAGAGGGGCUGGAGAGAGGACAGGCGGGAUAGAUCCUUCCAUUUCCUCUCGACAUCCCCUGGAUUAUUCUCAGUCUAAACUGCAAAGUCCCAUUCUCGGUCCAACAUCUGGGCUAGAUUGGCUUUGGGCAUCCAAGCUUGUCGUCAUUUAUGUUAACAAGUGAUAAACAACAUAAUAUUAAUUUUUUUACUGAUAUUUGUGAAAGGAAAAUGAACCCAACAAUGACCCGUUCUUUGCACACGAAAAGGGGGGAAAGAGCGAGAGAGCGCGCGAGAGCCCCAUCUAAGUUAGCUUCCAAAUAAACUACCUGACUGCACAAAUCCCCAAAAAUCCGAAAGGGAAAAGUGCAUUAGGCUUAAUUUCAGACUACCUAAUUUUUCACUAAAGUUCUAUAUACUUCCAAGUGGUUGGACUUUCUGCUUAUUUGUUUAAAUAACUGGGACAGGGAGCUGGGGUGGGGGAAGAAAUCCUAAAAAAAGAAAAAAAAAAAAGAAUAAACCACUACACUCAACUGCAGUGAUUCAUACUACCUAUUUUGAAAACUACCUAUUUUCUAACUCCGCCUACCUAUCACCAAAAUUGUAUUGUAUAAAUGAAAAGGGGGCGAGAAUAGUGUUGGUGGGAGUCGCUGAUGGGACCUGAAGGUUAGAGGAGAUGUUGUCAAGCAGAAACUGCGAGGAGGCCUGCCUCGCAUGGAUCGAAGAUUUGGUGUGGAGUAUUGAUGAAUAUAAUUUAAAGUUUUUAGACAUAAUAUAUUUAUUGCAAGGCUGUUAUUAAAUUAAAUCAAAUAUGCUGCAAUAUAAGCUUUCUUCUCAAGUCUUCGCUAGCCCGAAUUUUAUGAGAUAAACCCUGAUUGUAACCAUUGUAAAACCUGUUUCACCUUUUCUUUCAUAUUGCGCUCCUGAAGGCUGGUCUGUGUUUUGUUUAAAAUUUGUCCAUCGUUAAUUCUGCUUGAUGCAAUUAAAACAAACAAACAAAAAACUUAAGUGAAUUUAAGCAACAACCACCUGCUCUUCCACCAGUUUCUUCCCUCAUCCUAUACUUGCUCAAUACAAAAGGCUGCAACUUUCCUACAUUUCAGACAACUUGUGUAUUGGAAAUGUUGGCUAUUUCUUCUGUCUUGAACUCCAUCAUAAACUGGGAAAAUCUAUACUGAACCGGGUAACUUUAUAGCAUGAUAACAUUAAGAAAAACUUCUGUAUAAACAAAUUCUACCAUUAAAGUUUUGGCUAAUCUUUAUUCAUAACUUGUACAUUACAAAUGUGUUUUUUCCGCUCUGUUCACUGUGAACGUUGAGGUAGUUCAUGUUAAAAUUAGAAGGGGCAGGGAAGGGCGCGUGUGUGUAUAUGUGUGAAUUAUCUUUGAAGUUUGCUUUCGUGUAUCACCCAAGUUUAAUUGUGUUUUAUGUUACACAAAUAAAAAUGCUUGUUGACAGUGCAUUGUGUUUCUUUGCAAGCAAAGAAUGUGUGUGUGCAUCUGUGCAUACGUCCUACUGUUCAUUAUUCAUAUCAUGAAAUAUAAGAGAUCUGAGCAAAUAAAUAAUCUUCAGCAAACAAGGAUGGUGCCAUCACUACCCCUGUUACCUUACUCACUUGCAGAGUAAGUCACCGAGAGGGGAGGCUAAUACGGAGCUAGAAAGUAGCUUGGUUCUGUGGGCACAGUCCUGAUGGAUUUCCUGUGCAGUUUCUUCCAUUGGUACUAAAGGUGAUAAAUGGAUCGUGUUCUUCUUUACUUAGGCAUCUAAACUGGUUCCAUGAGUUUGGCUUCAGUAAGACUAGGAUUAUGGUUUUAGCUCAAACUUCAUCACAUAAGCCUAGUUCAAAUUUGGGGCUUGUAUGCAGCUUCCCUGCCUGAACGAAAAUCCGCAUUUCGGGUAGGAUACAAUUGCCAACAUGGAUAUUCUCAGAUCAGAGGUCUGAACAGGGGCAGAAGGCAGAAGUAACAGAAACAGACCUCGUCUUC